UUCUUCUCGUUGGGUUUCAGUUGCUUUGCCAGAAAAUCACGCCACAAGAUUGGAAUUUGAUCCCAGGCGUAUAUGCACGGCUUCCUGCCGAGAUCUGCAAAUGCUAGACUGCAGAAUUGACAAUCCAUGUCGAAAACAUUGUUUCUCGGGUGAGUUCGUGUUCAAUUGCGUGUGGAUUUGAAGGAUUUUUUUUUUCUUAUGCAUGAACAUGGGAGAUAGUAUGAGAUCAGGGGGUGGUGUGUUGAAGAAGAAGAGUUCGUCAGGGUGUUUGAUAAUUAGGAAGAAGGUAGAAAAUGGGAAUUCUGGAGGGCGGUGGGAGGGUUUGAGUUGUCAUAGUAAUGAGAGAAAUGAGAGAAAGAGGCAGAGGUUCGGUGCAGGCGGCUUUGGCGCCAGUGAUGAGGAUGAGUCAUUGGGGUUUAUGAGAAAAGUGAAUCGUAAGAGCUUGCACAAUGGCUCCAUGGGUUAUAGGAGGAGUGAGUUUGAGAACAGGGAGUAUGAGAGGAGCAAUGUGGGGAUUGAUCUUGGUAGGAGAAGUGAGUUAGGUUCGAACGAGUUUGAUGAAUUUAAUGAGAGAAGGAUGACGGAUGAGUAUUUGGAGGAUAGAUAUAAGAUGGUUGGGUGUAGAGGCGGUGAGAAUAAGAAGGAUUUUUUCGUUGGAUCGUCACGUGGGAAUCUGGUGGCGGAUAGACGGCAUAGUUUUCUUUUUGAUGGAUCUAGUAGUGGGAGGAGCAAGGGGGGUGAAUAUGCUGGUUGGAGGAAUAAGGGAUUUGAUUUGGAGGAGGCUGAGGAAGAAAUGCCGGGUUCGUUGCCAAGGUUGAAGUACCCAGAGGGGGCUGAUGAGCCAAUCAGGCUGCAGGGGAAGAAUGGGGUGUUGAAGGUGAUGGUGAAUAAGAAGAAGAAAAUGGAGUUACAUUCUGGUCAUCGUAAGUAUGAUUCAAGGGCAUUUGAAGAAAGAAUACGCUCUAGAUCAGAAGAUGUACCCCGGAAUGACCAAUUGUUUAGAAUCCCCACUUAUGCAGUUUCAAAGCCACCAGAAAACCAAGGUUUGUGGAUGGAGAAGGAGAAAAUGAAUAUAAAGUUGGAAAAAGUAAAACCAAAACCGAGUAAGGGCAUCAAGAUUAAAGAGUCAGAAAUCAUUGGCACAAGUAAAGGCACUACAGUCAGAGAGAUGGAAACUGAUGUUGAUGAUACCGCACUUAACCUGGCACCACCAGGUCUUCAAGUUUCUAGCUCGAAGAAAGCGGUGAAAAAGGAGGAAGAAAGAGCAGCCAUAGAUAAUUUCACCCAUAUUAAAGGGAAAGAAGGGAAAAUGAAGCGUGGUGGAUGUACUGAAAAGCAACUUUUGCGGGAGAAGAUCAGGGAAAUGCUGAUUGAUGCCGGGUGGACUAUUGAUUAUAGACCUAGGCGGAACAGAGAUUACUUAGAUGCUGUGUACAUUAAUCCUAGUGGAACAGCCUACUGGUCAAUUAUUAAGGCUUAUGAUGCACUUAAGAAACAGCUAGAAGAAGAUAAAUCAAAAAGCCAAUUGGUCAGUGAUUCUCCUUCGUUUGCUCCUCUUUCUGAAGAUCUGAUAAAUAAACUGACUAGGCAGACAAAAAAGAAGAUUGAGGAAGCAAUGAAAAGGAAUAGAAAAGAAGAUGGUCUGUCUAAGAGUGCCAGGAGAUCUCCUGGUAGGGAUGAUGGAGAGAGCUCAGACAGUGAUCAGAAUGAGGAAACACUCAGUUCCUGUAAAAAACAUAAUCAGAAGUUGCAGAGACGUACAUUUCCUGAUACGGAUCAAGCGAGCAAUGGUGAACUAAUGCUCGCUUGUGAAUUAAGUAAUGAUUCCCCGAAAAGUAAAUCCAAGAAAAUAAAAGUUGACAUAAAUACUUCUGCUUCCAAUUGUAAUAUCUUACAGGGAAGAACAAGUAAAGUGAUUGGAAGAUGCACCCUUCUCGUUCGCCCCUCUGUUAAGGGGGAGAACUCAGAGUCUGAUGGAUAUGUUCCAUAUAGAGGAAAAAGAACUGUACUGGCCUGGCUGAUUGAUUCAGGGACAGCACAGUUGAGUGAAAAGGUGCAGUAUAUGAACCGCAGAAGGAAUCGGGUGAUGCUAGAAGGCUGGGUCACGAGAGAUGGCAUCCACUGUGGCUGCUGCAGUAAAAUCCUUACAGUUUCAAAAUUUGAGCUGCAUGCUGGCAGCAAGUUGCGCCAGCCUUUCCAAAACAUAUAUUUGGAGUCUGGACCCUCCCUUCUGCAAUGCCAAGUCGAUGCCUGGAAUAAGCAGGGGGGUUCUGCGUGUCGAGAUUUCCAUACUGUAGGCGUUGAUGGGGACGAUCCAGAUGAUGAUGCCUGUGGCAUUUGUGGUGAUGGAGGUGCUUUGAUCUGUUGCGAUAGCUGUCCAUCAACUUUCCAUCAGACCUGUUUAGAAAUACAGAUGCUUCCUUCAGGUGAUUGGCACUGUACAAAUUGUAUAUGCAAGUUUUGUGGGGACAUCGAUGCAGAUGAACUUACCAGAUGCAGCUUCUGUGUGGAAAAAUAUCACAAAUCAUGUAGUAAAGGAGUGCUUGCUUCGUCUAUGAGUUUGAAUGGUGCAUCAUUUUGUGGGCUGCAGUGUCAAGAGUUUUAUGAUCAUUUACAGAAGAUUCUUGGAGUCAAACAUGAACUGGAAGGUGGAUUUUCUUGGUCUCUAAUUCAGAGAACAGAUGUGUCUGAUGCCUCACACCGAGGGUUUCCUCAAAGGGUUGAAUCAAACUCCAAGAUAGCUGUUGCAUUAUCUGUUAUGAAUGAGUGUUUUUUACCCAUUAUUGAUCGCAGAAGUGGAAUUAAUAUGAUCUGCAAUGUUGUCUAUAACAUCGGAUCAAACUUCAACCGUCUGAACUUCUGUGGAUUCUAUACCAUAAUUUUGGAGAGGGGUGACGAAAUAGUUUCUGCAGCAUCUUUAAGAAUCCAUGGUACCCGCCUGGCUGAGAUGCCAUUUAUUGGGACGCGUGAAAUCUACCGGCGACAAGGAAUGUGCAGGCGUCUUCUAUCAGCAGUUGAAACAGAACUUCGUUUUCUCAAAGUCGAGCAAUUGGUCAUUCCUGCCAUAUCAGAGCAUAUGAACACGUGGACUUCGGUUUUUGGUUUUCAUCAACUUGAGGUUGGGCUUAAGAAAGAAAUAAAGUCCAUGAACAUGUUGGUGUUUCCGGGGACUGACAUGUUACACAAACCAUUGGCUAAGCAUUCCGACGAUAUGAAGGUAUCUGAAUCAAUCAAGAACCAGUCCCAGUUGCCUGUUAUGGUUGAAAAAUCGGAUAUUGAUUCGCCCAUGGAGUAUGAGAAACAGACGUGUAAUGAUUCUGGAGUGGCCCAUGACACCAAGACAAACGACCAAUUUAGUGACCUGGACUCUGGCUUUCCAGCUCCAGCUGCUCCUACUAGUACUUCAGAUUCUAUUCAUGAACCUCUUACCUGCAACGGAGCUAUCGUGAUCAAGUCUGAGGUGGAAGACAACCAAAAAGAACUCUCUGCUAGCUCUACUGCCUGUGAAUGCAAAAACAUUGAUGUGCAGAAUGGGUUGCAAGGUCCUCCUCAGGAAGACAACUCUCCUUUGGAGGCCGUUCUACGCAAAACAAAAGCUCCUGGUCUCAAGUCUAUUUGUGACUCUGCAACUGAAACUGAUCUAGUUGAGACUGUGAACAGUAGAAAAGAUACUGCCGACUCUUCAAGUGUGAAUAUAGGUUCCUCUUUGAAGGUUCCUGAAGAAACUGACGCCUAAGCACUUGUAAAUCAUGUUUCUGUUCUUGAAGCAUCUUCACCUAGUGCUACAAAUGGAGAUAUGGAAGUUUUCACUAAUAGUACAGCCACAUCUGAUUUUAAAAAUAGCACCAUGAAAUCCUCAAUCCUUAUUGACAAGGAUGAAUGCGACGCCGAGGCCCUUUGCAUCAGCAGAAGUCCUGAAGUCUCUGCAAAGGAUGUUUCUGAGGAAGUGGACUUAAAUUACAACCCCACCCCUAUGUCAACUUUGCUGGAUUCUGGAAGAAACCCGUGUAAAGCCGACAUCCAGGUGCAAAACGACCUUGUAGUUUCUUGUCCAGCUCCUGAGAUGGCUCUUGUGGUUGAUGGAGAAGCUGCAACUUUGUCGUCUUCUGAAUCUUUGGUUUAGGCUGCAGCACCCACUGAGAGAAAUGCAGAAUCUAAUGCUGCUGAUGGUGAAAACAACAGGUAAAUUUCCUGUUAAAUGUAGCUAGUCUGGGUUUUGUAGCUUGAAGAUGCUGUGGAUGAGCAGAUAGAAGAACAGUAUUAGGUUUACUGAAGGCUGCUCCCUCUUAUUUGAAGUUCGAAUCCUAACAACGCCUUAUGAUUUCGUAUCCCGCAUUGUUUGUAUGCUGUGAAACUAUCAUCAGAUCUACUAUCAUGCCUUGUGACUCAGGCAUCAUUCUUUAUUUUUGAUGUGGCCAUGUAUGUAGCUAUCAAUCUGGUAAUUUGUAUAUAUAUUUUUAUGUUAGCAAACCUCUCAAACAUUGUUGGUACGAGAGUCUGAUUCUAAGUUAUUGCUUAAGAAAAUGUAGGUUUGGAUAAUAUUCUA